AUGGCGCCAUUGAAGGAAAAUUGUCCAUUCCUCGCUCAACUCGGUCUUCAAAUCCUCCCACAGCCUCCUCCGACUCCCAGAUUUCGCCCUCCCAACGGCGGACCUCCCCAGCCUGCAACAUUUGGGUUCGAGCCCGGGACAAUUCACGAAACCAAUCCGAACUGGAACGUCAUCCGCGAUCUCACCAAGCUCCGAACCUGUGAUCCUCAGAUCCUAGAAUGGAACGAGAGAGCAAUUUUCGAAGAAUGGCACAGGACUACACAAGCUUACGAGCAGUUCGUCGGAGGUGAUGAGGAUACGGUUAAUGCGAGAAUAGCGACUGGGAGAUGUCACGCCAGCUGCAAUCACGAGUACAAAAUCAUCUCCCUCCGCCAACCACAUGCAGUUUUCCCAUAUCUACACCAUCUUACUGCCACCAUGUUCCAUCCUGUUCGUCGCGGCUCCUGA